AUGGAAACAUCAAGAAGCAGUGUGAAUUCCACAGUGAAAAAAUCAUCAUACAUGCCCCUUGAGAACGACUACGCAAAGCUGUGCGACAUGACUUUGGUAGCUGAAGGGAAACCCUACCCUGCUCAUGGCGCAAUGCUGGCAUUCCAUUCACAGUUCUUUCGCAAGAUGCUUGUUGAUCUUCAGAGCCCUUCAGCCUUGCACACAGCCGACAAUAUGGUCAUAACUUUGGAUGAAUCAGUCUCUGCAGCCGAUGCCAGGUUGAUGUUGGCGAUUCUGUAUGGCAAGCGGACGAAAUUGAAAACGGCAAAGGAGGCUUGGAACAUGGUGCACUUAGGAGACAAGUACGAAUCCAAAAUUCUCAUGAACCUCGCUGAGGACAUGAUCUCCUGCUCACCAUUAUAUUUUUGUGGGUCUCCGCUCUCGUUUGGAUCGAUGCAGGAUGAACAUCUGAAUGCAUGCGUGUGGCUUGGAGUGGCGGACCGCUUGGGUCUGGAGAGAAUUCGCAAGCAAUGCCAGUUUGUGAUAUUACGAGACCUGGAAUCGAAUUUCAGAUGCUCUGCCGCAGAGCCCAUGCCAAAGGCUGCAGUAGACUCGUUGAGCCAGCAUGGCAUGUCUGCCCGCAGCAUAUGUGAGCUUCUUGCUGCGUUCAUGAAAUUAAGUCCGGUCCAGGAGCAUCAUGUCUGCACACGCUGCAAGAAGGUCCAAGAUCCAAAGCAGGACCAAAUGAUGUCGUGGGCGUGGGCAUUCAGAAGUGUGCUGUGUCGAUGCCCUGUUUGCAAGCACGAAGGGAGUCCGGAGGCAUUCACCAACUACAAAGAAUUCAAAUGUGCUACAUGUCAAGGCUCACUGGUGAAGAUCGCUCCAGACACAGCACCGGCGAGUAGGAAUGUGCUCGAUAUAUACAAGGCGCUGGAUGAUGUGAAAGGCCCACUCCAUGGUUAG